CUGACUGGAGUUGCUAGCUGCAGAAACUGUAGAUUGUUAGACACCUGAAACCGUAAUGAAAUAAUAAUAAGCUCAUCACAAAUAUAUUGGAUACUGGAAAUUUGGAGUGUUGGUAACUGGCAAUAUUUUAAACAAGUUAGCAACGUUGGAGGUAGACAAAACCGUCGAUGGACAGCUCUGUUUUGCCAUACUUGAUCAUCAUUUUCGUGUGACAGAUAUGACUCAAUCAUACCAAACGAUCCAUCGAAUACCUUCACGUUCUUUCAGUGGGUUUUAAUCUCAUCUCUCAGAAAUUAUGGAAAUCUGAGAUGUUUAUUUACUACUCUUAUAAUGAUUCCUCAAUUAUACUUCAGAACCUUUAGAAGCAUCCAGAACACUUUCGUCACCGAAUAAGAAAAUAUAAAUAUCAUAUUAGUGUCACAAACUGCAUAAUUUCCAAAUUAGGUUGAUAAUCAGUACCAAAGAAUUCUACAUGGCACCAGGUCCUGAAAUUUCAAACUCUUUAGAACAAUGGAAUACCGAUUUGGGAAAAAGUGCGAUUUUACAAUACGGAGUUGAACUCAUCAGUAAUACUAUAAAAGCUGAAUUAGUUCCGCAACUGCUUCUGGAUUCUAUAAAGGAAAUUUAUCAAGAUAUAAAUUCUAAUCUUUCAAAUUUAGAUGCUAUCACUUUUAACGAAAAACUAAGAAAUGGUACCACUCAACGUAUUAUACCCAAAGUAAUCAUUUCUGAAUUAAAUAAAGUUAUUCAACCUAAAGAAUUGAAUCGACCAAGUAAUUUACACCAACCUAUUGUACAAAGAUUUGGUGAGAAAGUAAAUAACAAGGAAAAUAUUUGGUGUACAAUUUUGGCAGAUAGAGCUGUUAAAAAUGCCUUAGCAUUUGACAUUCUUGAAAGUAUUUUACUAGAACUAAUAAAGUUUACGGUACCAAGUAUUAUUAGAUUGACAAUGGGAGAAGAAUUCGUUUUUGUCAAUAUUUUUGAGAAAACAAUAAGUGAAACGAUCAAAGAGUUGACUACCAAUGAAUAUAAUCUCCAGUAUAAAAUCUUGCGGAUGAAUCGGCUAAAAAUGAUCGGUAAGGUAGCAAGAAAAAAGCCUGGUGAUGUACUUGUCUCAAUGGCUAUUGACUCAUUGUUAUCACUUUCAAUCCCUGGUCCAAUUACUGGUACAUAUACAAAGAAUCCAAUUGAAGAGAAACUAUUAGAAACUUUGGUUUGUGACGUAUUGCUGAACCGAAUUUGUUCAGUCGAUGAAGCUACCAAUAGAGUCCUUGAAUGUUUGCCCUUGGCUACGUAUCACGACAUGAUUAGUGAGGAUAUAUUUUUUACAGAGGGAUUAGAGAUGCUGAAAUAUCACAUUGAUAACGACCUUGAAGACAUUGAUCUCAUGGAAACUCAUCAAGAAACUAAGUCAAUUUUUCAUAAAUACGGAUGAUAUUUUUUAUGAUGAUGCUGAUGCCGAUGAAGGCUAUUUGUUCGUCAACUAAGGGUUAGUUUGGUGACCCCUAUUUUCAUAACGAUCUGAAGUCGUCAUUGUGAGAUGUCCGUAGCAUAACACUGAAGUCUGUUAUUUUCGGAAAACUUUUUAGCACAAAACUCUAAUCGUAUACACAGAAUUUCAGUGCUACCACACUUUUCCGCUGUAAAAUAUAAAUUGUAAAAUAAUAGUAAUC